CCUCCGCGCGCGGGGGCCCGGCCACUCGGAGCAGCUCUGCCGCGGGGACUGCACCGCCCGCCCUGCCGGACCCGCCCCGAGCGGGGCUCGCCGCCUGCAACAGCCGCAGCACCGCGACCUCGGGCCCCGUGCGGGAUAUGGCUGUGCCCUGGGGCUGAGCGCGCAGGCUGUGUGACGGAGAUUCCCGAGGAGAAAGACUGAAGAGAGGAGAGGAAGGAGGGGCGGGCUCCUGGCAAGGCAUUUGCUCCUGAAUUGAGUCCUGCAGAAGAUGGAGAAGGAAGAGGAGACGACCCGGGAGCUGCUGCUGCCCAACUGGCAGGGCAGCGGCUCCCACGGGCUGACCAUUGCCCAGAGGGACAAUGGCGUCUUUGUGCAGGAGGUGAUGCAGAACUCCCCUGCGGCCCGCACUGGGGUGGUCAAGGAGGGGGACCAGAUUGUGGGUGCCACCAUCUACUUUGACAACCUGCAGUCGGGUGAGGUGACCCAGCUGCUGAACACCAUGGGGCACCACACUGUGGGCCUGAAGCUGCACCGCAAGGGGGACCGCUCCCCUGAGCCUGGCCAGACCUGGACGCACGAAGUCUUCACCGCCCGCAGCUCCGAAGUGGUUCUGAGCGGGGAUGAUGAGGAGUACCAGCGCAUCUACACCACAAAGAUCAAGCCUCGGCUGAAGUCGGAGGAUGGAGUGGAAGGAGAUCCUGGGGAGACCCAGAGCCGCACCAUCACAGUGACUAGAAGAGUCACGGCCUACACUGUGGACGUCACAGGUCGGGAAGGAGCCAAGGACAUCGACAUCAGCAGCCCUGAGUUCAAGAUCAAGAUUCCAAGGCACGAACUGACGGAAAUCUCCACCGUGGGUGUGGACACCCAGCCUGGGAAGACAGUGAUCAGAUUGCCCUCGGGCUCGGGGGCAGUGUCGCCAACCACAGGCUCUGCAGGGUCCAUUUCCGCUUCGGGACCAGAGCUCCAAGGUGCUGGCCACUCGAAGCUCCAGGUCACCGUGCCUGGGAUAAAGGUGGGAAGCCCGGGCGUCAGUGUCAGUGCAAAGGGCUUUGACUUGGGUGGCAAAGGAGGGGUCCAAGUUCCAGGAGUGGACAUUUCAUCUUCUCUAGGGGGUGGGGCAGUAGAGGUGCAGGGCUCCUCUCUUGAGAGUGGCAGUAAUGGGAAAAUUAAAAUUCCUACCAUGAAGAUGCCAAAAUUUGGUGUCUCAACAGGACCUGUUGAGGGUCAGGCGCCAGGGUUGAGUGUUUCUGCACCUGAAUUCUCUGUGGGGCACAAGGACAGCAAGCCAGGCUUGGCCAUUGGCGGGAACAUCCAGGCUCCUCAGCUAGAAGUUAGUGCCCCCUCUCUCAAUGUUGAGGGCAUUGAGGGGAAGCUGAAGGGCCCCCAGAUCACUGGGCCAUCACUUGAGGGUGACCUAGGCCUGAAAGGUGCCAAGCCACAGGGGAGCGUAGGGGUGGACAUCUCUGCUCCCAAAAUCGAGGGCAGCGUCCUUGGCCCCAGUGUGGAAGUUCGAGCCCCUGACGUUGAUAUCCAUGGGCCUGGAGGCAAACUGAAUUUACCCAAGAUGAACGUCCCCAAAUUCUCUGCAUCAGGUUCUAAGGGAGAGGGAGCUGGCAUUGAUGUGACACUGCCCACAGGUGAAGUGACUCUUCCAGGGAUCUCUGGAGACAUCAGGCUGCCUGAGGUUGCUCCUGGGGGGCUGGAAGGGAAGGUGAAGGGUACUAAAGUCAAGAGUCCUGAAAUGGUUAUUCAGAGACCUAAAAUCUCCAUGCAGGAUGUGGAUCUGAGCCUUGGGUCCCCUAAACUGAAAGGAGAUAUUCAGGUUUCUGCUCCUGGGGUGCAAGGUGAUGUUAAAGGCCCUCAGGUGGCAAUUAAAGGCUCCAAAGUGGACAUCGAGACACCCAGCCUAGAGGGGACCCUGACAGGCCCCAAGCUCAGUGGGCCUUCUGGGAAAACAGGAACCUGCAAGAUCUCUAUGGCAGACGUAGACUUAAGUGUGGCUGCACCUAAACUGAAAGGGGGUGUGGAUGUCACAGUCCCAGAAGUAGAAGGGAAAGUCAGAGUCCCUGAGGUUGACGUCAAAGGCCCCAAAGUGGAUGUCAGUGCCCCAGAUGUGAAUGUUCAUAGCCCAGAAUGGAACCUGCAAAUGCCCAAGAUGAAAAUGCCCAAGUUCAGCACUCCAGGAGUCAGAGGAGAAGGCCCAGAUGUAGACAUGAGUCUACCCAAAGGAGAUAUCAGUAUUUCAGGGCCCAAGGUCAACGUGGAAGCCCCAGAUGUCAACAUAGGGGACCUGGGGAGCAAACUUAAAGGCUCUGACAUUAAGCUGCCUGAAGUGAGUGUGAAGACACCAAAGAUCUCCAUGCCUGAUGUAGAUUUGCACGUUAAAGGCACAAAGGUAAAAGGAGAGUGUGAUAUAACAGUACCAAAACUUGAAGGAGAACUGAAAGGCCCCCAAAUGGACAUUGAUGCCCCAGAUGUGGACGUUCAUGGCCCAGACUGGCACCUGAAGAUGCCCAAAAUGAAAAUGCCCAAAUUCAGUGUGCCAGGGCUCACAGCAGAAGGCCCAGAAGUGGAUGUGAACCUGCCCAAGCCUGCUGUGGAUAUUUCUGGGCCCAAGGUAGAUGUUAGUGCUCCAGAUGUGAGCAUUGAGGGACCAGAAGGGAAAUUGAAAGGACCCAAGUUUAAGAUGCCUGAGAUGAAUCUCAAAGCCCCAAAGAUCUCAUUGCCAGAUGUGGACUUACAUUUGAAAGGCCCUGGAGCAAGAGGAGAAUAUGAUGUCACAGUGCCAAAGGUUGAAGGUGAGAUUAAAGUUCCUGAUGUUGAACUUAAAAGUGCUAAAAUGGACAUUGAUGCCCCAGAUGUGGAUGUUCAUGGCCCAGACUGGCACCUGAAGAUGCCCAAAGUGAAAAUGCCCAAGUUCGGCAUGCCAGGCUUCAAAGGAGAGGGCCCAGAAGUGGAUGUGAACCUGCCCAAAGCUGACAUUGACAUCUCAGGACCCAAGGUGGAUGUUGAAGUUCCAGAUGUGAGUAUUGAAGGACCUGAAGGAAAGCUGAAGGGUCCCAAGUUCAAGAUGCCUGAGAUGAAUAUCAAGGCCCCAAAGAUCUCCACGCCUGAUAUGGAUUUACAUAUGAAAGGGCCCAAGGUAAAGGGAGAAUAUGAUGUUACAGUGCCAAAGCUGGAAGGGGACCUGAAAGGGCCAAAAGUGGACGUCAGUGCCCCAGAUGUUGAAGUGCAUGGUCCUGAUUGGAACCUAAAGAUGCCCAAGAUGAAAAUGCCUAAAUUUACCAUGCCUAGCCUCAAAGGAGAGGGCCCAGAAUUGGAUGUGAACUUGCCCAAGGCCGAUGUGGACAUUUCUGCACCUAAGGUAGAUAUUAGUGCUCCAGAUCUGAGUCUUGAAGGACCAGAAGGGAAGCUGAAAGGUCCCAAGUUUAAGAUGCCUGAGAUGCACUUCAAAGCUCCUAAGAUGACUCUGCCAGAUGUUGACCUGGAUCUCAAAGGACCCAAAAUGAAAGGAGAUCUAGAUGUGUCUGCACCAAAGAUAGAAGGUGAGAUGAAAGUUCCAGAUGUGGACGUGAAAGGCCCUAAGGUAGAUAUUAAGGCACCAGAUGUGGAAGUUCAAGGUCCAGACUGGAGCCUAAAAAUGCCCAAGAUGAAAAUGCCUAAAUUCAGCAUGCCCAGCUUCAAAGGUGAGGGCCCAGAUGUGGACGUGAACCUGCCUAAAGCUGACAUUGACGUCACUGGACCCAAGGUUGGCAUUGAAGCCCCAGAUGUGAGCCUUGAGGGACCAGAAGGAAAGCUGAAGGGUCCCAAGUUUAAGAUGCCUGAGAUGCACUUCAAGGCCCCCAAGAUCUCCACGCCUGAUGUAGACUUACACCUGAAAGGCCCCAAAGUCAAAGGGGAUAUGGAUGUGUCUGUGCCCAAGAUAGAAGGUGAAAUGAAAGUGCCAGAUGUGGACAUCAAAGGCCCCAAAGUGGACGUUGAUGUCCCAGAUGUGGACGUUCAUGGCCCAGACUGGAACUUGAAAAUGCCCAAGAUGAAAAUGCCAAAGUUCAGCGUGCCCGGCUUCAAAGCAGAGGGUCCAGAAGUGGAUGUGAACCUGCCCAAAGCUGACAUCGACAUCUCUGGACCCAAGGUUGACAUUGAAGCCCCAGAUGUGAGCCUUGAGGGACCAGAAGGGAAGCUAAAGGGUCCCAAGUUUAGGAUGCCUGAGAUGCACUUCAAGGCCCCCAAGAUCUCCAUGCCUGAUGCGAACCUGAAUCUUAAGGGGCCGAAACUAAAGGGAGAUGUGGAUGUGACUUUGCCUGAUGUAGAAGGUGAAAUAAAAGUGCCAGAUGUUGACAUUAAAGGGCCCAAAGUUGACAUCAGUGCUCCAGAUGUUGAUGCUCAUGGCCCAGACUGGCACCUGAAAAUGCCCAAAAUGAAAAUGCCCAAGUUCAGCAUGCCUGGUUUCAAAGGAGAGGGCCCAGAAGUGGAUGUGAACCUGCCCAAGGCUGACAUUGAUGUCGCAGGACCCAAGGUGGACGUUGAAGUUCCAGAUGUGAAUAUUGAAGGUCCAAAUGCAAAACUGAAAGGUCCUAAAUUUAAGAUGCCAGAAAUGAAUAUAAAGCCUCAGAAGAUAUCCAUGCCAGAUGUUGGUUUGCAUUUGAAAGGUCCUAAAAUGAAAGGAGAUUAUGAUGUUGCAGUUCCAAAAGUAGAAGGAGAGAUAAAAGCUCCUGAUGUUGACAUCAAAGGUCCUAAGGUGGACAUUAAUGCACCAGAUGUGGGAGUUCAUGGCCCAGACUGGCACCUGAAGAUGCCCAAAGUGAAAAUGCCCAAGUUCAGCAUGCCUGGCUUCAAAGGAGAGGGCCCAGAGGUGGAUGUGAAACUACCAAAGGCUGACAUUGAUGUCUCUGGACCCAAGGUAGACAUUGAUGCUCCAGAUGUGAAUAUUGAAGGUCCAGAGGGAAAACUAAAGGGUCCCAAGUUCAAGAUGCCAAGCAUGAAUAUACAGACACACAAAAUCUCUAUGCCUGAUGUUGGACUAAAUCUGAAAGCCCCUAAACUAAAAACUGAUGUAGAUGUUUCCCUUCCCAAAGUGGAAGGAAACUUGAAGGGUCCUGAAAUUGAUGUGAAAGCUCCUAAGAUGGAUGUAGAUGUUGGUGAUAUUGAUAUUGAAUGUCCAGAAGGAAAGGUGAAAGGCCCCAAGUUUAAGAUGCCUGAGAUGCAUUUCAAAGCCCCCAAGAUCUCCAUGCCUGAUGUAGACUUACACUUGAAAGGACCCAAAGUCAAAGGGGAUAUGGAUGUGUCUGUGCCCAAGAUAGAAGGUGAAAUGAAAGUCCCAGAUGUUGACGUUAAAGGACCCAAAGUGGAUGUCGAUGUGCCAGAUGUGGAUGUUCAUGGCCCAGACUGGCACCUGAAGAUGCCCAAAGUGAAAAUGCCCAAGUUCAGCAUGCCGGGCUUCAAAGGAGAGGGCCCAGAAGUGGAUGUGAACUUGCCAAAGGCUGACAUUAAUGUUUCUGGCCCCAAAGUGGACAUUGAUGCUCCUGAUUUGGAUAUUGAGGGACCAGAAGGAAAAUUAAAAGGCUCUAAAUUUAAGAUGCCUAAGUUGAACAUCAAAUCUUCCAAGAUAUCCAUGCCAGAUGUGGACUUGAAUUUGAAGGGACCCAAACUGAAAGGAGAGAUAGAUGCUUCUGUGCCAGAACUAGAAGGUGAUCUCAGAGGCCCGCAAGUUGAUAUCAAAGGUCCCAGUGUAGAUGUGGAGGUUCCUGAUGUUGAUCUGGAAUGUCCUGAUGCUAAGUUGAAAGGCCCUAAGUUUAAGAUGCCGGACAUGCACUUCAAGGCUCCCAAGAUCUCCAUGCCUGAUGUACACUUGAAAGGCCCCAAAGUCAAAGGGGAUAUGGAUGUGUCUGUGCCAAAAUUGGAGGGAGAUUUGAAAGGCCCCAGUGUGGACGUGGAGGUGCCUGAUGUUGAUCUGGAAUGUCCUGAUGCUAAGUUGAAAGGCCCUAAGUUUAAGAUGCCAGACAUGCACUUCAAGGCCCCCAAGAUCUCCAUGCCUGAUAUACACUUGAAAGGCCCCAAAGUCAAAGGGGAUAUGGAUGUGUCUGUGCCAAAAUUGGAGGGAGAUUUGAAAGGUCCCAGUGUGGACGUGGAGGUGCCUGAUGUUGAUCUGGAAUGUCCUGAUGCUAAGUUGAAAGGCCCUAAGUUUAAGAUGCCAGACAUGCACUUCAAGGCCCCCAAGAUCUCCAUGCCUGAUGUAGACUUACACUUGAAAGGCCCCAAAGUCAAAGGGGAUAUGGAUGUGUCUGUGCCCAAAAUAGAAGGCGAAAUGAAAGUGCCAGAUGUGGACAUCAAAGGCCCCAAAGUGGACGUUGAUGUCCCAGAUGUGGACGUUCAUGGCCCAGACUGGAACUUGAAAAUGCCCAAGAUGAAAAUGCCAAAGUUCAGCGUGCCCGGCUUCAAAGCAGAGGGUCCAGAAGUGGAUGUGAACCUGCCCAAAGCUGACAUCGACAUCUCUGGACCCAAGGUUGACAUUGAAGCCCCAGAUGUGAGUCUUGAGGGACCAGAAGGGAAGCUGAAGGGUCCCAAGUUUAAGAUGCCUGAGAUGCACUUCAAGGCCCCCAAGAUCUCCAUGCCUGACGUAGACUUACACCUGAAAGGCCCCAAAGUCAAAGGGGAUAUGGAUGUGUCUGUGCCAAAAUUGGAGGGAGAUUUGAAAGGCCCCAGUGUGGACGUGGAGGUGCCUGAUGUUGAUCUGGAAUGUCCUGAUGCUAAGUUGAAAGGCCCUAAGUUUAAGAUGCCAGACAUGCACUUCAAGGCCCCCAAGAUCUCCAUGCCUGAUAUACACUUGAAAGGCCCCAAAGUCAAAGGGGAUGUCGAUGUGUCUGUGCCCAAAAUAGAAGGUGAAAUGAAAGUGCCAGAUGUGGACAUCAAAGGCCCCAAAGUUGACGUUGAUGUCCCAGAUGUGGAUGUUCAUGGCCCAGAUUGGCACCUGAAGAUGCCCAAGAUGAAAAUGCCCAAGUUCAGCAUGCCUGGCUUCAAAGCAGAGGGCCCAGAAGUGGAUGUGAACCUGCCCAAGGCCGACAUUGACAUCACUGGACCCAAGGUUGACAUUGAAGCUCCAGAUGUGAACAUUGAGGGUCCAGAAGGAAAACUGAAGGGCCCUAAGUUCAAGAUGCCUGAAAUGCACUUUCAUGCCCCCAAGAUCUCCAUGCCUGAUGUUGAUUUCAACUUAAAGGGACCUAAAGUCAAAGGAGACUUUGAUGUUUCGGCCCCAAAGAUGGAAGGAGAGUUCAAGAGUCCAGAAUUGGAUGUCAAGGGCCCCAAAUUGGAUGCUGACAUGCCAGACGUAACUUUGGAAGGCCCAGAUGGCAAAUGGAAAAGUCCUAAAUUUAAGAUGCCAGACAUGCACUUUAAAGCUCCCAAAAUCUCCAUGCCAGACAUUGAUCUACACUUAAAAAGCCCCAAGAUAAAGGGAGAGGUGGAUGUAGAUGCUCCAAAAUUGGAAGGUGGCCUUAAAGGGCCAGACCUCAAGGGUGACAUCAGUGGGCCAGAUAUUGACAUUGAAGGACCAGAGGGCAAAUUGAAAGGCCCCAAGUUCAAGAUGCCAGACAUGCAUUUCAAAGUCCCCAGUAUUUCUAUGCCUGAUGUGGACCUAAAUCUGAAAGGACCGAAAGUCAAGGGGGAUGUAGAUGUGUCUGUGCCUGAGGCAGAAGGUAAAAUUAAAGUACCAGAUGUGAACAUCAAGGGCCCCAAGGUAGACAUAAGUGCUCCUGAGGUGCAUGGCCCAGACUGGCACCUGAAGAUGCCCAAGAUGAAAAUGCCCAAGUUCAGCAUGCCAGGCUUCAAAGGAGAGGGCCCAGAAGUGGACAUGAACCUGCCCAAGGCCGACAUUGAUGUCUCAGCUCCCAAAGUCGACAUUGAAGGCCCUGAUGUUAACAUUGAAGGACCAGAGGGAAAGGUGAAAGGUCCAAAGUUCAAGAUGCCUGAGAUGAACAUCAAAGCCCCAAAGAUCUCCAUGCCGGAUGUAGAUUUACACUUGAAAGGUCCUAAGGUCAAAGGAGAUGUAGACAUUUCCCUGCCGAAGGUGGAAGGUGACCUAAAAGGCCCUAAAGUGGACAUUGAUGCCCCUGAUGUGGAUAUUCAAGGUCCAGACUGGCACCUGAAGAUGCCCAAGAUGAAAAUGCCGAAGUUCAGCAUGCCAGGCUUCAAAGGAGAGGGCCCAGAAGUGGAUGUAAACUUGCCCAAGGCCGACAUUGAUGUCUCAGCGCCCAAAGUGGACAUCGAAGGCCCUGAUGUUAACAUUGAAGGACCAGAGGGAAAGUUGAAAGGUCCAAAGUUCAAGAUGCCUGAGAUGAACAUCAAAGCCCCCAAGAUCUCCAUGCCGGACUUUGAUUUGCACCUGAAAGGUCCCAAGGUAAAGGGCGAUGUAGAUGUUUCCCUGCCUAAGGUGGAAGGUGACCUCAAGGCCCCUGAGGUUGACCUCAAAGGGCCCAAAGUGGACAUUGAUGCCCCUGAUGUGGAUGUUCAUGGCCCAGACUGGCACCUGAAGAUGCCCAAGAUAAAAAUGCCCAAGAUCAGCAUGCCAGGCUUCAAAGGAGAGGGCCCAGAAGUGGAUGUGAACCUGCCCAAAGCCGACAUUGAUGUCACUGGGCCCAAGGUGGACAUUGAAGGACCUGACGUUAAUAUUGAAGGACCAGAAGGAAAGUGGAAAAGUCCAAAGUUUAAGAUGCCUGAAAUGCAUUUUAAGACUCCAAAGAUAUCCAUGCCAGAUAUUGAUCUUAAUCUAACAGGUCCGAAAAUGAAAGGAGAAGUGGAUGUCACAGGUCCAAAGGUAGAGGGAGAUCUGAAAGGCCCUGAAGUUGACCUCAAAGGCCCAAAAGUGGACAUUGAUGUCCCUGAUGUGGACGUUCAUGGCCCAGACUGGCACCUGAAGAUGCCCAAGAUGAAAAUGCCCAAGUUCAGUAUGCCAGGCUUCAAAGGAGAGGGCCCAGAAGUGGAUGUGAACCUGCCCAAGGCUGACAUUGAUGUCACUGGACCCAAGGUGGACAUUGAAGGUCCAGAUGUUAAUAUUGAAGGACCAGAAGGAAAGUUGAAAGGUCCUAAGUUCAAGAUGCCUGAGAUGAACAUUAAAGCCCCCAAGAUCUCCAUGCCGGACUUUGAUUUGCAUCUGAAAGGUCCCAAGGUAAAGGGCGAUGUGGAUGUUUCUCUGCCCAAAGUUGAAGGUGACCUCAAAGGACCUGAAGUUGACCUCAAAGGCCCCAAAGUGGACAUUGAUGUCCCAGAUGUGGAUGUUCAUGGCCCAGAUUGGCACCUGAAGAUGCCUAAGGUGAAGAUGCCCAAGUUCAGCAUGCCGGGCUUCAAAGGAGAGGGCCCAGAAGUGGAUGUGAACCUGCCCAAGGCCGACAUUGAUGUCUCAGGACCCAAGGUGGACAUUGAUGUUCCAGAUGUGAAUAUCGAAGGUCCAGAUGCAAAACUGAAAGGCCCCAAGUUCAAGAUGCCAGAGAUGAACAUCAAAGCUCCUAAGAUCUCCAUGCCGGACUUUGACUUAAACCUGAAAGGUCCCAAAGUAAAGGGUGAUGUUGAUGUUUCCCUGCCUAAGGUGGAAGGUGACCUCAAGGGCCCCGAAGUUGACCUCAAAGGGCCCAAAGUGGACAUUGAUGUCCCUGAUGUGGACGUUCAUGGCCCAGACUGGCACCUGAAGAUGCCUAAGGUGAAGAUGCCCAAGUUCAGCAUGCCGGGCUUCAAAGGAGAGGGCCCAGAAGUGGACGUGAACCUGCCCAAGGCCGACAUUGACGUCUCAGGACCCAAGGUGGACAUUGAUGUUCCAGAUGUGAAUAUCGAGGGUCCAGAUGCAAAGCUGAAGGGCCCCAAGUUUAAGAUGCCCGAGAUGAACAUCAAAGCUCCUAAAAUAUCCAUGCCAGAUUUGGACUUGAAUCUUAAAGGCCCUAAAAUGAAAGGAGAGGUGGAUGUUUCACUUCCAAAUGUAGAAGGUGAUUUGAAAGGCCCUACUCUUGACAUCAAGGGCCCGAAGAUAGAUGUAGAUGCUCCUGACAUUGACAUUCAUGGCCCGGAAGGCAAAUUAAAAGGUCCCAAACUGAAGAUGCCUGACAUGCAUGUAAAUGUGCCCAAGAUCUCCAUGCCAGAAAUUGACCUGAAUUUAAAAGGCUCAAAGCUUAAGGGAGAUGUUGAUGUUUCUGGGCCCAAAUUGGAAGGCGACAUUAAAGCUCCCAAGUUGGAUGUAAAGGGCCCAGAAGUGGACAUUUCUGGUCCUAAGGUCAAUAUUGAAGGCAAGUCAAAGAAAUCUCGUUUUAAGCUUCCCAAAUUCAAUUUUUCGGGCUCUAAAGUUCAGACACCUGAGGUGGAUGUGAAAGUUAAAAAGCCAGAUAUUGAUGUAACAGGUCCAAAAGUUGAUAUUAAUGCUCCUGAUGUUGAGGUCCAAGGGAAAGUGAAAGGAAGCAAGUUCAAAAUGCCUUUCCUGAGUAUUUCAUCUCCUAAAGUUUCUAUGCCUGAUGUGGAAUUAAAUCUGAAAGGUCCUAAAGUCAAAGGAGACUUAGAUGUUGCAGGUCCUAAUUUAGAAGGUGACUUUAAAGGACCCAAAGUGGAUAUUAAGGCACCAGAAGUUCAUCUUGAUGCACCUGAUGUGGAUGUUCAUGGUCCAGACUGGAAUUUGAAAAUGCCCAAGAUGAAGAUGCCCAAGUUCAGUGUGCCUGGCUUAAAAGCAGAAGGGCCCGAUGUGGCUGUGGGUCUUCCAAAGGGAGAUGUCAACAUAGAGGCUCCAAGAAUGGACAUUGAGGGCCCAGAAAUUAAUGUGGAAGGUCUAGAAGGAGGCUUGAAAGGUCCUAAACUCAAGAUGCCUGACCUGAAUAUCAAAGCUCCCAAGAUCUCUAUGCCUGACAUUGAUUUAAACCUCAAGGGCCCCAAGGUGAAAGGUGAUGUGGAUGUUUCUCUGCCCAAAGUUGAAGGGGAUCUGAAAGGGCCAGAGGUUGAUAUCAAAGGCCCAAAAGUGGACAUUGAUGCCCCUGAUGUGGACGUUCAUGGCCCAGACUGGCACCUGAAGAUGCCCAAGGUGAAAAUGCCCAAGUUCAGCAUGCCAGGCUUCAAAGGAGAGGGCCCAGAAGUGGAUGUUACCCUCCCUAAAGCUGACAUUGAUAUUUCUGGCCCCAAAGUGGACAUCAACGCCCCAGAUGUGAAUAUUGAAGGUCCAGAUGCAAAACUGAAGGGCCCUAAGUUCAAGAUGCCAGAGAUGAACAUCAAAGCCCCCAAAAUUUCCAUGCCUGACAUUGAUCUGAACCUGAAGGGCCCCAAAAUGAAGGGUGAUGUGGACGUGUCUUUGCCAAAAGUGGAAGGUGACCUCAAGGGCCCUGAGGUUGACAUCAAGGGCCCCAAAGUGGACAUUGAUGCUCCUGAUAUUAACAUUGAAGGCCCAGAGGGGAAAUUGAAGGGGCCCAAAUUCAAGAUGCCAGAGAUGCACCUGAAGGCUCCCAAGAUCUCCAUGCCUGAUAUUGACUUAAACCUGAAGGGCCCCAAGGUGAAAGGUGAUGUGGAUGUCUCCCUUCCCAAGAUUGAAGGGGAUCUGAAAGGCCCUGAAGUUGACCUCAAAGGUCCUAAAGUGGACAUUGAUGCCCCUGAUGUGGAUGUCCAUGGCCCAGAUUGGCACCUGAAGAUGCCCAAGAUAAAAAUGCCCAAGAUCAGCAUGCCAGGCUUCAAAGGAGAGGGCCCAGAAGUGGACGUGAACCUGCCCAAGGCCGACAUUGAUGUCUCAGCACCCAAAGUGGACAUUGAAGGCCCUGAUGUUAACAUUGAAGGACCAGAGGGAAAGGUGAAAGGUCCUAAGUUCAAGAUGCCUGAGAUGAACAUCAAAGCCCCCAAGAUCUCCAUGCCGGACUUUGAUUUGCACCUGAAAGGUCCCAAGGUAAAGGGCGAUGUGGAUGUUUCCCUGCCUAAGGUGGAAGGUGACCUCAAGGCCCCUGAGGUUGACCUCAAAGGGCCCAAAGUGGACAUUGAUGCCCCUGAUGUGGAUGUUCAUGGCCCAGACUGGCACCUAAAGAUGCCCAAGAUAAAAAUGCCCAAGAUCAGCAUGCCAGGCUUCAAAGGAGAGGGCCCAGAAGUGGAUGUGAACCUGCCCAAAGCCGACAUUGAUCUCUCAGCACCCAAGGUGGACAUUGAUGUUCCAGAUGUGAAUAUCGAAGGUCCAGAUGCAAAACUGAAGGGCCCCAAGUUCAAGAUGCCUGAGAUGAAUAUCAAAGCCCCCAAGAUCUCCAUGCCGGACUUUGAUUUGCAUCUGAAAGGUCCUAAGGUGAAAGGAGAUGUUGAUGUUUCCCUGCCUAAGGUGGAAGGGGACCUAAAGGCCCCUGAAGUUGACAUCAAAGGACCCAAAGUGGACAUUGAUGUCCCUGAUGUGGACGUUCAUGGCCCAGACUGGCACCUGAAGAUGCCUAAAGUGAAGAUGCCCAAGUUCAGCAUGCCGGGCUUCAAAGGAGAGGGCCCAGAAGUGGAUGUGAGUCUGCCCAAGGCUGAUAUUGAUGUCUCAGGACCCAAGGUGGAUGUAGACACUCCUGACAUUGACAUUCAUGGUCCAGAAGGGAAACUGAAAGGCCCCAAGUUUAAAAUGCCUGACCUUCACCUCAAGGCACCCAAGAUCUCCAUGCCUGAAGUAGACCUGAAUCUGAAGGGACCCAAGGUAAAGGGUGAUGUGGACGUUUCCCUGCCUAAGGUGGAAGGUGACCUCAAGGGCCCCGAAGUUGACCUCAAAGGGCCCAAAGUAGACAUUGAUGUCCCUGAUGUGGACGUUCAUGGCCCAGACUGGCACCUGAAGAUGCCUAAGGUGAAAAUGCCCAAGUUCAGCAUGCCGGGCUUCAAAGGAGAGGGCCCAGAAGUGGAUGUGAAUCUGCCCAAGGCCGACAUUGACGUCUCAGGACCCAAGGUGGACAUUGAUGUUCCAGAUGUGAAUAUCGAAGGUCCAGAUGCAAAACUGAAAGGCCCCAAGUUCAAGAUGCCAGAGGUGAACAUCAAAGCUCCUAAGAUCUCCAUGCCGGACUUUGACUUAAACCUGAAAGGUCCCAAAGUAAAGGGUGAUGUUGAUGUUUCCCUGCCUAUGGUGGAAGGUGACCUCAAGGGCCCCGAAGUUGACCUCAAAGGGCCCAAAGUGGACAUUGAUGUCCCUGAUGUGGACGUUCAUGGCCCAGACUGGCACCUGAAGAUGCCUAAGGUGAAGAUGCCCAAGUUCAGCAUGCCGGGCUUCAAAGGAGAGGGCCCAGAAGUGGACGUGAACCUGCCCAAGGCCGACAUUGACGUCUCAGGACCCAAGGUGGACAUUGAUGUUCCAGAUGUGAAUAUCGAGGGUCCAGAUGCAAAGCUGAAGGGCCCCAAGUUCAAGAUGCCUGAGAUGAACAUCAAAGCCCCCAAAAUCUCCAUGCCUGACCUUGACUUUAGCCUGAAGGGCCCCAAAAUGAAGAGUGAUGUGGAUGUCUCUCUGCCUAAAGUGGAAGGUGACCUCAAGGGCCCUGAGGUGGACAUCAAGGGCCCUAAAUUGGACAUUGACACUCCUAAUAUCAAUGUUGAAGGUCCAGAAGGAAAACUGAAGGGGCCCAAAUUUAAGAUGCCAGAGAUGAACAUUAAAGCCCCCAAGAUCUCCAUGCCUGACUUUGACUUAAACCUCAAAGGGCCAAAGGUAAAGGGAGAUGUGGACCUUUCACUACCUAAGGUGCAAGGUGAUCUGAAAGGUCCAGAGGUGGACAUUGAAGGUCCUGAAGGGAAACUCAAAGGUCCCAAAUUUAAGAUGCCUGAUGUCCAUUUCAAAACCCCACAAAUCUCCAUGAGUGACAUUGAUUUGAACUUGAAAGGACCUAAGAUUAAAGGAGAUUUGGACGUUUCCAUUCCUAAACUGGAAGGAGAUAUGAAAGGCCCCAAAGUGGAUGUUAAAGGCCCUAAGCUGGACAUAGACACUCCUGACAUUGACAUUCAUGGUCCAGAAGGGAAACUGAAAGGCCCCAAGUUUAAAAUGCCUGACCUUCACCUCAAGGCACCCAAGAUCUCCAUGCCUGAAGUCGACCUGAAUCUGAAGGGACCCAAGGUAAAGGGUGAUGUGGACGUUUCCCUGCCUAAGGUGGAAGGUGACCUCAAGGGCCCCGAAGUUGACCUCAAAGGACCCAAAGUGGACAUUGAUGCCCCUGAUGUGGAUGUUCAUGGCCCAGACUGGCACCUGAAGAUGCCUAAGGUGAAGAUGCCCAAGUUCAGCAUGCCGGGCUUCAAAGGAGAGGGCCCAGAAGUGGAUGUGAACCUGCCCAAGGCUGACAUUGACGUCUCAGGACCCAAGGUGGACAUUGAUGUUCCAGAUGUGAAUAUUGAAGGUCCAGAUGCAAAACUGAAGGGCCCCAAGUUCAAGAUGCCAGAGAUGAACAUCAAAGCUCCUAAGAUCUCCAUGCCAGACUUUGACUUAAACCUGAAAGGUCCCAAAGUAAAGGGUGAUGUUGAUGUUUCUCUGCCUAAGGUGGAAGGUGACCUCAAGGGCCCUGAAGUUGACCUCAAAGGGCCCAAAGUGGACAUUGAUGUCCCUGAUGUGGACGUUCAUGGCCCAGACUGGCACCUGAAGAUGCCUAAGGUGAAGAUGCCCAAGUUCAGCAUGCCGGGCUUCAAAGGAGAGGGCCCAGAAGUGGAUGUGAACCUGCCCAAGGCCGACAUUGACGUCUCAGGACCCAAGGUGGACAUUGAUGUUCCAGAUGUGAAUAUCGAAGGUCCAGAUGCAAAGCUGAAGGGCCCCAAGUUCAAGAUGCCUGAGAUAAAUAUCAAAGCUCCCAAAAUCUCCAAGCCUGAUGUUGACCUGGAUUUAAAAGGACCCAAAAUCAAAGGAGAUUUUGAUGUGUCUGUCCCUAAGAUUGAAGGUACUUUCAAAGGCCCAGAAGUAGACCUUAAAGGUCCAGGUCUGGAUUUUGAAGGCCCUGAUGCCAAACUCAGUGGCCCAAAUUUGAAGAUGCCAUCGCUGGAUAUAUCUGCUCCUAAAGUAACUGCUCCCGAUAUUGAUUUGCAUCUCAAGGCACCCAAAAUUGGAGUUUCUGGUCCCAAGUUAGAAGGUGGUGAACUGGACCUCAAGGGGCCCAAAGUUGAUUUAGAAGCUCCAAGCUUAGGUGUACACAUGGAGAGCCCAGAUCUUAACAUUGAGGGCCCGGAUGUUAAAAUUCCCAAAUUUAAGAAACCCAAGUUUGGAUUUGGGGCAAAGAGCCCCAAAGCUGACUUCAAGUCACCUUCACUUGAUGUGACUGUUCCUGAGGCUGAGCUGAACGUUGAGACUCCUGAAAUUAGUGUUGGUGGCAAGGGCAAGAAAAGUAAGUUUAAAAUGCCUAAAAUUCACAUGAGUGGUCCUAAAAUUAAGGCCAAGAAACAAGGAUUUGAUUUGAACGUUCCUGGGGGUGAAGUGGAUGCCAGUCUCAAGACUCCUGAUGUGGACGUCAAUGUUGCAGGACCAGAUGCCACGCUUAAAGUUGAUGUGAAAUCUCCCAAAACCAAGAAACCUAUGUUUGGAAAAAUGUACUUCCCAGAUGUAGAAUUUGACAUUAAAUCAUCUAAAUUUAAAGCGGAAGCCUCCCUCCCUAGCCCCAAAAUGGAGGGUGAAAUCCAUGCACCUGAUGUGGAUAUUUCGUCACCAGGGAUUAAUGUGGAAGGUCCUGACAUCAGGCUGAAGUCUCCCAAGGUCAAAGUGCCAGGUAUGGAUGUUUCAGGGCCAAAAGUAGAGGGCGACCUGAAAGGCCCCAGGGUGCAGGCAAACUUGGACGCACCUGACAUCAACAUUGAAGGCCCAGAUGCUAAAGUCAAAGCGUUUGGCAUUUCUGCCCCUCAAGUCUCCAUCCCCGAUGUGAAUGUUAGCUUGAAAGGACCAAAGAUAAAGGGUGAUGUCCCUGCGGUGGGCCUGGAAGGACCAGAUGUAGAUCUUCAAGGUCCAGAAUCAAAAAUCAAGUUCCCCAAGUUUUCGAUGCCCAAGAUCGGCGUCCCUGGUGUGAAAAUGGAGGGUGAGGGAGCUGAGGUCCAUGCCCACCUGCCCUCUCUUGAAGGAGGCUUGAGUGCAUCAGAUGUUAAGCUUGAAGGCCCUGAUGUGUCUCUGAAGGGGCCAAAAGUAGACUUGCCUUCAGUGAACCUGUCUAUGCCAAAAGUCUCUGGACCUGACCUUGACCUGAACUUGAAAGGACCAAGUUUGAAGGGAGACCUGGAUGCAUCUGUUCCCAGCGUGAAGGUGCAUGCUCCAGGGCUUGACCUCAGAGGUGUCGGUGGAAAGGUGAAGAUGGAAGGAGACGGUGUGAAAGUGCCAGGGAUCGAUGCCACAACAACACUUAACGUUGGUGUACCAGAUGUGACCCUGAAGGGACCAAACCUGCAGGGAGACCUGGCUGUCUCUGGUGACAUCAAGUGCCCUAAAGUAUCAGUAGGUGCUCCUGAUCUAAGCUUGGAGGCACCUGAAGGUAGUAUUAAACUUCCCAAAAUGAAGCUGCCCCAGUUUGGCAUCUCUGCUCCAGGGUCCGACUUGGACAUUAAUGUCAAGGGGCCACAGGUUACUGGAGAACUCAAGGGGCCAGGCAUGGAUGUGAACCUGGGAGGUCUGAAUCUGAAGGGGCCUCAGAUCUCUGGCCCUCAAAUCUCAGCACCGGAUGUGGACUUGAACUUGGAAGGACCAAAAGUAAAAGGGAGCCUUGGGGCCACUGGUGAGAUGAAAGGCCCCACCAUUGGAGGAAGUCUUUCGGGCAUCGGUGUUCAGGGCCUGGAAGGAAACCUUCAAAUGCCUGGAAUUAAGUCCUCUGGAUGUGAUGUAGAGCUACCAGGUGUGAAUGUGAAACUCCCAACUGGGCAAAUUUCUGGUCCUGAAAUCAAAGGUGAUCUGAAAGGUUUCCAUGGGGCUGCUCCCGACAUUAGCGUGAAGGGGCCUUCAUUUAAUGUGGCAUCUCCUGAGUCUGAUUUUGGUGUCAGCUUGAAGGGCCCAAAAAUCAAAGGAGGUGUGGACAUCUCAGGGGGUGUCAGCGCCCCAGAUAUCAGCCUGGGCGAAGGGCAUAUGGGUGUCAAAGGUUCUGGGGCCGAGUGGAAAGGACCCCAGGUCUCCUCCGCUCUCAACUUGGAUGCACCUAAGCUGGCUGGGGGACUUCAUUUCUCAGGACCAAAGGUAGAAGGAAGUGCGAAAGGAGGCCAGAUUGGACUCCAGGGUCCUGGGCUGAGUGUGUCUGGGCCUCAAGGUCACUUGGAAAGCGGAUCUGGAAAAGUAACAUUCCCCAAGAUGAAAAUCCCCAAAUUCACCUUCUCUGGCCGGGAGCUGGUUGGCAGAGAAGUGGGGGUGGAUAUUAGCUUUCCUAAAGCAGAGGCCAGUGUCCAGUCUGGUGCUGGAGAGGGCGAGUGGGAAGACUCCGACAUCAAACUCAAAAAGUCUAAAAUCAAAAUGCCCAAAUUCAAUUUUUCCAAACCUAAAGGGAAAGGUGGUGUCACCGGCUCACCAGAAGCAUCCAUUUCGGGGUCCAAAGGUGACCUGAAGAGCUCCAAGGCCAGCCUCGGCUCUCUGGAAGGAGAGGCAGAGGCCGAAACAUCUUCGUCCAAAGGCAAAUUUUCCUUAUUUAAAAGUAAGAAGCCACAGCACCGCUCAAAUUCCUUCAGUGAUGAAAGGGAGCUCUCUGCACCUUCCACCCCGCCCGGGACUUUGGAGUUUGAAGGUGGAGAAGUGUCGCUGGAAGGCGGGAAAGUCAAAGGGAAACAAGGAAAGCUGAAAUUUGGUACCUUUGGUGGAUUGGGGUCAAAGAGCAAAGGUCAUUAUGAGGUGACUGGGAGCGAUGAUGAGGCAGGCAAGUUACAGGGGAGUGGAGUGUCCUUGGCCUCUAAGAAGUCCCGACUGUCAUCUUCUUCUAGCAAUGACAGUGGGACUAAGAUUGGCGUCCAGCUUCCCGAGGUGGAGCUGGCGGUUUCCACUAAGAAAGAGUAGCUGACCUUUUUGUGUGUACAUAUAUGUAUAAAAAGACAUCAGCCUUGGGUGUGUUUGUAUAUAAACUCCAAAGAGAAACACACCAACAGCCUCGGCAAUAAUGCAAAGAUCUGGCCUCGGCCAGUGGCAAGCGCUGACCGCCUUUAGGCUCCCGGAGCUUUCCAGAUAGGUAAAGAGUUCCAAGUUCGUCCAGCCUGUGUGCAAAAUCAACAGUAUUUGCCUUAAGAUUUCAGUUUUUUUGCAUUGAACGCUGAGAGCUCCUGUUUACUAAGCAAGCUUUUGUGUUUAUUAUCUUCAUUUUUACUGAACAUUGUUAGUGUCGGGGUAAUGGAAACCCACUUUUUCAUUGUAAUGACUUUUGGGGCUUUUGUUAGUAAGGGUGGGGUGGGGUAGAAGGCAGUAGAGGGGGCCAGACCUCCAUUUCUCCUAAGAUUGGAUCUACUCAAACAGUAAACACCCAAAGAAGGCCGAGAGGAGCUGGCAGGCAGGGCGUGUGGGUGUUCUUAGAACUCUAGCAUCAUCGCCUUUUUCUCCAGGGGCUGCGGUCACAGCAAGUUUGGUGUUCACAGCGGGAGGGUGUUAGAAUAUGUUUGCAAAUUGGCCAACCUACCCGCUCACUAGGAGGGGCUUCCAUUUUGUGAAUUGUAAGAGAAAUGUUUUCUUGACCGCCGUGCUCCUGACUCUGAUUUCUUUUAACAAAUGUUAUCAUGAUUAAGAAAUUUUCCAGCACUUUAAUGGCAAAUUAAUUAAGAAUGUAAGAAAAAUGGAUGCUGUCCAAGGCAAAUAAAGCUGUUCAUUAACCCUGA